AUGAUGGAUGAAGUCUUUUCUCUCGAUAUUCUUUAUGCCGAUGAAUAUAUUCCUGAGCAACUCUACCAACUUGUUCGACAUGGUUUAUGUUCUCAAUUAGAUACUCGAUUACAUGAACUUUCAAAUUCCACCGAGUACUUGACAGCAUUAACAUGGCAUAGUCAAGAACAGUUAAGUUUAUUGAUGGUUGCAGCUCUCAAUGGAUAUGAUGACAUUGUUCGCGUACUUUUAACUCAUUGUGAUCCAACACGUCAGAUUGAAUUAAAAGGAAAAGUAAUCAUUUCUGGUGAAAAGUGUGUGAAAGGUGCAACAGCAUUUUAUUGUGCAUGUUAUCGGGGGUAUUUUACUGUGGCGAAAACUUUAAUAGAACUUGGUCAUGCUAAUGUUAAUCAAGAUACGUAUAAUUACCCACACUAUCCACUUUUUAUUCAUGCUACGAUAAUGAAUCGUCAAGAUAUAGUUCAUUUUCUUUUGGAAAACAAAUAUGCGGAUGUGAAUGAAACGAAAUCUGAUGAUUCAGAUGAAUGUACUGCUUUGAUAUGGGCUGCAUUUCGAGGUUACACAUCUCUCGUCAAAUAUUUGAUAGAAAAUGGUGCUGAUGUUAAUUAUUCUUCUCGGGAUAAAAAUUUUCGACCUUCAACAGCAAUCAUGUGUGCCACGCUUCGCGGUCAUGUAGAUGUACUUCGACUACUCUAUAAUGCAGGCGCAAACACUAAUAUUGGACGCGAUACAGGAGAUACUUUACUCAUGACAGCUGCUGAAAACAAGCAUUAUUCAAUCGUUAGUUUCCUACUCGAACAAUCGAUAAAUAAUACAGUAGACGAUCUUGAACUUGCUGCUUGUUCUUUAUUUGAUAUUUCAUCUUCCAAUGAUCAAAUGAAUUUAGUAUUCGAUCUCUUAAGAGUUGCUCUGCAACAACGUCAGCUACUACACAUACCAAAAGUUUGCAUACAAUCAAUGGAUAUCUAUAACUAUGAACAAGAAUGUCAAACUAUUGAUGAACUUGAUCGUGUCAAAGCUGAUCGUGAUCGAAUUUUUAUCGAAACAUUACUUAUUCGAGAACGUAUUUAUUCAUCUCGAAAGGAUAUAACAGUAAUGGAGCCAUUAGAAAAUUAUGGCGAUAGACUUGCAUACAAGAAAGAAUUUGAUAAAUGUCUUAAUGUAUACUUUCAUCUAUUUUAUCUUUAUUGUCAAGUAGACGUACAUGUCAAUCUGUCACGAUUCGUUUGGCUUUUUUGCAAAAUGCUUACUGAAAAUCGAACAAUACCUAUUCGUGCUUUUGUACAAGUCUGUUGUUUAACAUUCGAAAUAACACGAAGUAAAGAUAUGAAGUAUACUAUUAGCAAUGCACUUUUUCUUGUUAUUAUUGCAACUCAAAUUCUUGAACAAAAAGGAAUAACUAAAGAAGAACAAACAUUGAUUUAUUCUUGGAUAAGAGAUUUAUGUCGUCAUCGACUGACUACUCCAGAUGGACAAACUCUACUUCAUCUUUGUGUUGAUACAAAUACUAAUGAUAGUCUCAAUUUUCGUCCUACAGAUACAAUUACUCACAUAAAAUUUCCCAAUGAAUCUGGACUUCGAUUGUUAUUGGAUUGUGGAAGUCGUUGGCUUGAUUUAGAUGCAAUCGAACCUUCUUUUGGUAAUACACCACUUCAUAUCAUAUGCAAAAGAAAUGGAGAUCAAAAGAUCAUUAAAUUACUUUUGAAUUCUGGAUGUCAUAUGGAUUGUGUGAAUAAAGGGGGGAAAAUUCCAUUAGAUUAUGUAAACAAUAAAGAGAUCAAAGCUUUGUUUACAACAAAACCAACUCCAGAUCCUCUCAAAUGCUUAUGUGCACGAAUUAUUGCUAAUAAACGUUUGAACACUGGUACUUCGAGUGCAUUAACAUCAGCUUUAAAGAAAUUUGUUUUCUUACAUGGUAGUUUACGCACUCAAUCUGAUUUUUUACCAAUUUGUUUUCUUUAUUUGUGUUCAUUUAAUCUUGUUCUUUGUGCAACAAAUUAUUUAAUCUAUUCAACUGCUUGUCUUCUUCAUGCAAAUGAAUCAUUUUGUUCUGAAAUUGAUCACAAUAAAUCACUUCGUCUAUCACAAGAAACCAUUCAAAAAGAAAGUUCCCAAUGGUCCCCUUAUGGUACAUUAUCUUUUGCAAUAAUUGCUUGUUUUAUUUCACCUAUUUAUGGAAGUUUAUCAGAUACAAAAAAUCGAAAAUUACCUAUUGUUUUAACAAUAUCAAAUGUAAUAAUAACAGGGUUGAUUAUUACAAUUGAAAAUAUUUUCCGAGGUACUAAAACAUGUUUAGUACUUUAUAUUUUAGCAAAUAUUGUCAAUGGAUUUAGUGGAGGAACAUUAAUUCUUACUUCUUCAUGUUUUGGUUAUGCUAUUGAUGUAUGUAGUAAAAAAGAACAACAUGCUCCAGCAAUUGCAGUUAUUGAAGCAUCAUUAAAUAUCGAAGCUGUUAUUGGUUAUGUACUUUGUACGUUUAUUUUUGAAUUACAUGCUAAAAUCUGGCAAUUAUUACUCGUUCAUGUUCUUUUAUUAUUUCUUGCACUUUUUAUAAGUCUUGUUUUUUUAAGAAGUCGAAAAGUAACAGAUUCAUCAACAUUAAUUAACCUUUGGAUAAAGAUAAAACGUCCAUUUAUUGAUAUUCAUGAUUUAAUAAUUGAUUUAAAAAUAAAUGCAUCAUUAUUAUCAUUUAUUAUUCUACUUUUAUCACUUUUUUUCUAUGAACUUUUUCGUAUGAGUUCAUCAUUAGUUUUUUAUUUAUAUUUAUAUCGUAUGUUAUUUAAUGGUACACAAUAUGCAGCUUAUUUUACUUGUGAACUAUUAGGAACUUGUUUCGCAUUAAUUUUCUUAGCAUUAUUAAGACGACAAUGGAAAAUCAAUGAUCUUUAUUUAUGUAUUAUUGGUUUAUGUCUUUCAUUAGCAGGACUGAUGUUAUUUGCAUUUGCUCUGAACAAAAAACGAUGA